UCCAUUACCUACAACAACUUAACCUUUCACUCAGUUUCAAUUCUCAAACACCCAUUUCAAACAAAUUCAAUUCAAUCAAUAAUGGGUCCUUUUGUGCCUGAUAACUACGAUUUCCUAUCUAGGAGGUGUAUGUGGGUGAAUGGGCCAAUCGUUAUUGGCGCAGGCCCUUCAGGCCUCGCAGUGGCUGCCUCGCUAAAGGAGCGUGGUGUCCCUUAUGUUAUCCUCGAGCGCUCUGACUGCAUUGCAUCCCUCUGGCAAAAGCGAACCUAUGACCGCCUAAAGCUUCACCUCCCUAAACAAUUCUGUCAACUUCCAGGACUCCCCUUCCCUGAAUCGUACCCCGAGUAUCCUUGCAAGAAGCAAUUCAUAGACUACUUGGAGUCCUAUGUGAAACACUUUGAAAUCAGCCCAAAAUUCAACCAGUCUGUCCAGUCUGCAAGAUAUGAUGAAAUAAGCAAUCUAUGGCGUGUAAAGACCGUAGGAAAAAACCAUGAAGAGAUAGAGUACAUUGGCAAAUGGCUUGUUGUGGCUACAGGGGAGAACGCUGAGAGUGUAGUACCUGAAAUGGAUGGAUUGGGGUCAUUCGGCAGCCAAAUCACCCAUGUUUGCGACUAUAAGUCUGGUGAGGCUUAUCGUGGAAAGAAAGUCUUGGUAGUUGGAUGUGGAAAUUCUGGCAUGGAGGUUUGCCUCGAUCUCUGUGAUAAUGAAGCUUUCCCUUCUAUGGUGGUUCGUGACUCGGUUCAUGUGUUACCUAGAGAAGUAUAUGGGAAAUCGAUGUUUGAGUUGGCUGUUUUCCUGAUGAAAUGGCUACCGUUGUGGCUGGUUGACAAGAUAAUGCUUGUUCUUGCUUGGUUGGUACUUGGGAACAUAGAGAAUUAUGGGCUGAAGAGACCUUCCGUCGGCCCUUUAGAGCUUAAGAACACACAUGGGAGAACCCCUGUUUUAGAUUACGGAGCUCUGAGCAAGAUAAAGAGUGGUGAAAUUGAGGUAGUGCCAGCAGUCAAGAGGUUUUUACCUGGAGGAGUCGAGUUUGCUGAUGGUAGAGUUGACGAUUUUGACGCUGUUGUCAUGGCCACGGGAUACCGCAGCAAUGUUCCCUAUUGGCUGCAGGUAGGAGGAACUGAUUUCUUCUCCAAAAAUGGAUUACCAAAGGCGCAAUUCCCAAAUUCAUGGAAAGGAAAGUCUGGUCUCUAUGCCGUUGGUUUCACAAAAAGAGGUUUAGCCGGUGCCUCGGCUGAUGCCAUUAAAGUAGCGAAGGAUCUAGGCAAAGCAUGGAAAGAGGAAACAAAGCAAGCCAAAAGACUAGUCUCCUGCCACAGGAGGUGCAUAUCACAAAUCUACUAAUCAACCCUGGAGUUGAUUUCUUACAGUGUCCCCGGAAGUUUUGAGUGAGACUAGUGUUUCUAGUGAUAGAAAAGUGUGAAGAGAGCCCUCUCUCAGGAGCCCAGAUUUUUUUAUGUACGGGUUUUGCUGUGUGUAUAUUGAGAUGAUGAGGCUCUUAUUCCCUUUUUUGCAGAUUUGUGACAUAUUUCAGAUCAUUUAGACUCAAUGAAAACACCAC